AUGCACGUCAAGACUGUGUUCAGUCUGGUCGUGCCAGGUCUUGCAUUCUUGGGCGAAGUAGCAGGUUUAUCUCCAGGGCAUUAUUCUGACUACGAAUCAGAGUUCGGAGAGAACAAUUUUGGCUCUAUCCAUGUUGGCGUUGGCCUCACGACUCGCCAAAUUGCGAAGCCUGCCUUGAGAAUUCUGCCCCUGGGCGCUUCUAUUGUCAGCGGUGUUGGAUCAAGCACUGGCAAUGGAUUCCGAAAGCCUCUCAGAGAUCAGUUGAGAUAUAAAGGCUGGGAUGUCAAUAUGGUUGGCAGCAAACAGAAUGGAGACAUGAAGGACAGAGACCAUGAAGCCACCAGUGGUUUCGUUAUCGACCAAGCCCGAAAUGCAGCACGUAACUCGUAUGGCUACAAACCCAACGUAGUUGUGAUGAACCUGGGCACCAACGAUGCAAACCAAGAUAAGGUGGACGGGGCUGGCAACCGAUUAGAAGGGCUACUUAACGACCUUUGGAGUGCCGAUGACAUGUCUAAAACAUAUGUCGUUGUUUCAUCUGUGAUUCGACGAAACGAUGCCAAGGCAGAGAGCAAUCGUAAGCAAAUCAACGAGCAGUACAAGAAGUUGAUCAGUCGCCUCAAGAGCACUGGAAAGCCAAUCACUUACGUUGACAUCGACAUUCCGCUGAAUGAGCUGACUUCCGAUGGGAUCCAUCCCAACGAUGCUGGACACAAGAAGAUGGCCGUAAAGUUUUGGUAUGCCAUCGAAUGGGGUCACCAGGCGGGUCUCAUCGGAGAAGCUGCCCCAAUGGCCAAGGCAACGGGCAACACUUGUGACAAGCAGCCCGGCCAGGCUCAAUACGGUGGUGUCACUCAAAAGGGCUCGGGUGACUCCGAUGGCAUCUACUACCACAGCAGCCAGGAGAUGGGCACUAUCUGGUCGUAUACCUCCGAGUUCGAUCGCGAUCAGUGGUUCUUUACCAGGCUUUAUGGUACCAAGUAUGAUGACGUUGUUGGUUGGUGGUAUGCCGACAAGAAGUUGUCCUUCGCCACAUGGAAGAACAAUGGCGGCGGCAAGUUCUCUAAAGUCUCCGACCUUGACACCAAACUCUUCUGCAACGUUGCUGGUAUCUGGUGGGUCGACAUCAAUAACGACGGAUACGACGACUUUCUUUGUGUUUCGCCCAAUGGAGACACAUUGGCUUCCAUCAACAACCGAGACGGAACUGCCACAAGCCCACCCACAUUCAAGAACAUUGGCAUGAUCAAGGGCAACGUCGGGUACAAGCAGGACCGUGUGAGAUGGGGCGACAUCGACGGAGAUGGCAGAGCCGACUACAUGAUCAUUGAUGACAGUGGAAAUGUUCAUGCAUGGAGAAACUCUGGUACCUCUGACACUCCCUCCUGGCAAUCUCUCGGCUUGCGAUUCACCGCCAAGGGUAUGGGUGACAUGCGAGGUGUUCGCUUUGAGGAUAUCAACGGUGACGGGCGCGACGACUGGCUGUGGGUGGACGACAAGGGUGCCACAACAACUUGGACCAACUCUCGAAGCUGUAAGAAGGGAAAGCCUGGUGAUGGACUCAACGUUGCUUGGCGUCAAGGAUUCUGGAAGGGCGCCACCUCUGGACCUACCCAUGCUGGUGCUGGUGCAGAUGGCCGAAACAGGAUUCACUUCGCCAGGAUCUACGGCGAGGCUGCCUUUGGACUUCUACCAAAGGCAGACUACAUCUACAUGCAGUCGACCAAGCAAUCCGACGGCAAGUUCAAGUUCGACAUGAAAGUCUGGAAGAACACUGGUGGCGGCUCCACCAAGCUCAAGGCUGAUGGCAACAAAUACUGCAACAUGCUUGGCCAUGACGAUGGACGACAGGAUUACGUCUGGGCUCUGUCGACUGGUAAGAUGACCGUCUGGCCCAACCUGGGAAAGAAGUCUGUCAGCGGCGACAACGAUGUAUUCUGGGGGACACCCAAGGACCUCUGGAACCCUGGAAAGGAAUACGAUCGUAGGGAUCUGCAUCUCGUCGAUUGGAACAAUGAUGGCGCUUGUGAUAUCGCCUGGGUUGAUCCCAACAACAAUAACAAGGUUUCUGUCUGGCUGAACAAUUACAAGAAGACUGGAGCUUUCGAGUGGACAUAUCUUGCCGACCCGGCGCCACAGCUGAACUGUCCAGAGAAGAGAGGUGUCGGAAUACACGACCUCGCUGUAAGAUUCGCAGAUAUUUCCAACAACAAGAUGUCGGAUUACAUCUGCAUUCAGCCUGACGGAAGAUUCUACGGAUGGACGCACAACAGUGAUGGUUCUUGGGAGAGGAUCGCGCAGUUCAAGAAAGCUGAAGGCAUCGAUCGCGCCAAUCUUCGUUUCGGCAACGUUAACGGACGUGGUGGCGAAGAUAUGAUCUGGGUCGACAAGUACACGGGCGACGCUACUGUCUACAUCAACAAUGGUAAGAUGGACACUGGGGGCAGUAACUGGUGGUUCUUGAAGAGUGGAAAGCAGUACUCGGGCUCUUGGGCCGGUACCUGCCAGUACUUCCCCGAUCUCGAUGGAGAUGGCAGAGCAGACUUGCACUCCAUCAUGGCCACCUUUGACAACCGCGGAGAGACCUUCUUCAACCGCUGCGGUAUGACGGAUACCUCAGGUGACGACGCAGGCUGGGCCCCAGGCCAAGACCCAGGGUUCGGGUCCCUGCCAUCUCCUAGUAACGACGAGAAGCCAGGAAGCGGAAGCGGAGGAGGUGUUCCUUCGCUCCCUUCUACUUGCAAGGAGACUUGCUGGAAUGUGGCCGAAGACAAGGAGACCAAAUGCAACAACGACGGUACGCAAUGGGAUAUGGAACCCAGAGACGACGGCGUCCCUGAGGAUAUCUUGAACAUCCGCAAGCUUGCUGCUAUUGGAGAUUCUUACUCAGCUGGAAUUGGCGCUGGAGACAGGCUGGGAAGUAUAUACGACGCUCUCAAAUCGGGCAGUGACUUUGCCUGCGCUCGAUACGAUCACGCUUACCCGUAUCUUGUAAACCAAGAUGACCGAAUCGGUGACCCGGCAAACCGCAAGUUCCAAUUCCUCUCGUGCUCUGGCGCUGUCAUGAAGGAUGUGGUCGACAAGCAGAUCCCAGACCUUGACAGCAACCAGGACGCCAUUAUGCUGUCCAUUGGUGGUAACGAUGUCGGUUUGAUCAGUUUGUUGAAUUCAUGCAUUUUCCAAAUGGGUGUCUUCACCCCACAGCAAGCCGCGGCCGCAAAGUUGAUCGCAGAGGUGGACAAGGACUAUGCAUGGGCCAAGGACUUUGACUGGGACGGUCUUUCUCGAGGUUGCGAGGGUCAGAUCGAAUACAGCAAGUCACUGGCUACUUCGGAUACCUUUGGCAAAAACCUUGAUGCCUUACUAGCAGCCGCCAAGAAGAAGUUGAACAAUGGGGCCAAAAUCUAUGUCACAGGCUAUGCCAAGUUCUUCGGAGAAAACCUGUCAGACGAUUGCGACAAGGUCACCUGGACGACAUGGCUUUACAAAUUGGAAAACCUCGGGCAACCGGCCGCGUACUUGACAAAAGCACGACGUUCAGCGAUGAAUCAAUUGGUUGACUAUGUCAACGGGCAGCUUAGAGCGGCAGUCACACGAGCCGGAGAUUCUGUGAGAUUCAUCGACUACGACCAUCUUCUUGGAAAGUACCGCGGCAGAUACUGUGAGCCAGGAGUCGAUGAGUCAACCAGCGAAUCCAACACAAGGAAUGGCCUCAUGUUCUACGAACUCAACUCGUGGGACCCUGCGGGAACGACUCCAUGGAAGCGCGACACCGAAAAGGGCGAGCUCAGCGGCACCUUCUAUGGUGACAUGCUCAUCCUUGCCAAGAUCACGAAUCUUAUGGAUCCUAAUGCUGAGCUUCACCAUGACAACGAUAACAGGAAGAGGGAUCUCACUGCUCUCGAUAAGCGUGCCGACAUCGUCGAUUACCUGGUGCCCAGGGGCUACGCACGAGUCUUCCACCCUCAGAUCCCGUUGCAUGAGAAGAUUGCAAAAUUGGUUGUUUUACAGAUAUCCAUGGAGCACGAGGCUCGUAAGGGCUAUGCUACAUGGAGUGAUUUGAACAAGAACACAUAUUGUCCCCUAGUACCGGAGGAGCCACCAACAGACACGCCUCCUAUCAGAACGAAGAAAUGGUCCUUGGAAAUUCACGACCUAUACUCAUCAGACUUUUCAGCAGACUGCACUAGAAAAGACUCCAGACGGUCCAGGACGGUCUGGGGUUAUGAGCUAGGCAGGUGCUACGAUUUCGACCAAAUGCCUGAUACAGACUGUCGGGAAUACAUUGGAACGAAAGAACAAGGAGGAUGUUCGGGAAGAUUGUCCCCACAGAGUGUCAUCGUUCCGGACGAAGGGUAUAACUGCCUCUUUUACGUCGGUGAUGAUUGCAAGCGACCGCUUGGACGCCUCUCCGACCACUCCUGCAUGUUAACAAAUAUGCCCGACAUCGACUGGAUCGGCAAUCAAAUAGGGUCUUUCAGAUGCUUGCAAGAAUUUAAGUAA